AUGAAUGGGGCAGUCAAAGAUUAUGUCGCAAAAUGUGACAUCUGCCGUGGAAGUGACAGGGAACAAGCUAAGGAACCCUUGUUGUCACACGCAGUAGCAGACCGACCAUGGUCCAAAGUUGGAGCAGACCUGUUCGUUCUAGAUGGCAACAACUAUCUCAUCACUGUAGAUUACUUCUCAAACUAUUGGGAAAUUGAUUACCUUACAGAUACCAGGUCAGCCACAGUAGUGAACAAGCUAAAGGGACAGCACGCACGACAUGGCAUACCAGACACUUGCAUAUCUGACAACGGUCCACAGUUCUCAGCAGAGGAAUUCAAGAAAUUCGCUCAUGACUGGGGAUUUAAUCAUGUAACAUCCUCUCCAGCCUACCCUCAGAGCAACGGAAAGGCAGAACAGGCAGUGAAAACUGCAAAACAAUUACUGAAGAAAGCCAAACAGGCCAAGAGUGACCCUUACUUGGCCAUACUGAACUUUCGUAACACACCGACACAGGGUCUUGACUCGAGUCCUGCUCAAAGGCUCAUGAGCAGGCGAACACGAACAUUGUUACCUAUCCCUGAAAAUCUGCUGAUUCCGGAGACUGUUUCAGGAACUACUGAAAAGAUGAGAAACCUCAAGUACAAGGCAGCUCAAUACUACAACCAGGGUACGAAACAGCUUCCUUUUCUUCAGAGAGGUGAUAGCGUGAGAAUCUCACCCAAAACAAUUGGUGACAAACUGUGGCGGAAAGCAGAAGUCUUGGGACCAAUCAAAGACAGACCCCGUUCCUACGAGGUCAUUACAGAGGACAAUCAGAUCCUGAGACGAAAUCGCAGACAUCUGAGAAAAACAUCUGAAUCACCAAGUCGUGGGCACUUGUAA